AUGUCUCUUCCCGUGUCUCGGUCCAUCAUUUUGGAGCCGCCCAAUGCGUCUCAGACACUCAAGAUCGCCAUUCGUCUCAAGGCCAUUGUCGACUGUGCAGUGCCAGUGGCCAUUGAACAAAAGUACGUGGACGCCGCCGACUCGCCCAUCGUGACCAAUGUGCUUGUACGCAAGUGCUUCGAGGCGUGCGGAGGCACGACCGAACAGUCCAAACGCAAGUUCCAGGGCUGCGUGGUGUUUGCCCUGCUGACAGUUACCCGAUGGUACAAUGAUCUGGCCGACGACGAGCUGUACGAUUCGACUCUGUACGGCCAGAGAGCCGAGUGUGCCCAGAGACUGGCGGUCAAGAUCAUCGACGGAUGCACCGACGAACGGUACCUGUUUCUGGUCAUGUUGGCCAAACGAUACACCAUCAACCUCAACGGAAUCGUGUCGACCCCGUUCAACGCCCUUGAGAUGGCUAUUGACCAACACUCGACCAUUGUCAUCUCCUGCAGCGGAUUCCAGAGAUGCAUCAAGUGGAUGUGGCGAGGUUGGAUCAUCCAGAGUGGAGAAAAUCCCAACGAGUACAUCCUCUACAACCACACGGACUGUCCCAAGUUCUGGACCCAUUUCAACCCCGAGCGGGUCAAAACCCCCGAGUACCAGAAUCUGCUGCAGCUGAUUGUGUCACUCCUUUAUGUUGUGGCAUACACCUGGGCGCUAAAUGACGGGGGAGAACGACCCCUGAGACGAUGGAGAACAGGAGAAGUGGUGUUCUACACCAUGACCCUGUCUUUCAUUCUGGACGAGGCCACUAAGCUGUUCCACGUCGGACUGCGCUACCUGUCUUUCUGGAACGUGUUCAACAACUCUCUGUACUUCAUUGUGUCUGUGUCUUUCCUGAUCAAAAUAUUUGGCGGGAAAGAGGAACCCUUGCUCGUGGCCAACCAGCUGCUGUCUCGAGCCCUGUCACGUGAUAUCGACAUUAUCCCCUUUGUGUCCAACAACCGAACGUCCUACCGACUGCUGGCCUGCUGUGCUCCGUUUGUCUGGUCGCGGCUGCUGCUCUUUCUGGACACUAAACGGUUCUUUGGAAUCAUGCUUGUCGUGCUGGAGGAACUUAUGAAGGAGUCCAUUGUCUUCUUCGUGCUGUUGGCCAUUGUGCUGGCGGGUUUCCUGCAGGCUUUCCUGGGUCUGGAUCUCUCUGACGGACGAGCCGACUCCAUCAACAUGGUGGUCAAUGUCCUCAUCCAGACGGUACUUGCAUCUCCCGUUUUUGACUCCUUUGAGAACUUUGCGCCUCCCUAUGCCAUGGUUCUCUACUACAUUUGCACCUUUGUCAUUUCCACUCUUCUGCUGAACAUUCUGAUUGCGCUCUUCAACACGGCGUACCAGCAUGUUUGUGAUAACGGAAGUGACGAGUUCCUGGCUCUGACUGCCAAGAAGACCUUGUGGUUCAUUCGAGCUCCCGACGAGAACGUCUUUGUUCCUCCCCUUAACAUCAUUGAGGUCAUUGUCACUCCUCUGUCGCUGGUUCUGUCGCGAGAGUCGUACCAAUCACUAUGUGACAGCAUCAUGUAUGUCAUCUACUUCCCUGUGUUGAUUGGAAUUGGUGUUCAUGAGUCCAAGAUGGCCCGUCGAGUUGCCUACAACCGUCUUCGACAUGCUCCAGACGAUGCCAAUGAAGACGAUUGUCAAUGGGAUCUUAGCGACGGCUACGACGAUGGCGACGAGGAUGCCAUUGCCUCUCGAGCCCAGGUGGUCAACGAGCUGGCGGACACCCCCGACUUUAAGAUUGAGGGCUUCUCGUCCGAGAAGGAGUGGCUCAAGUCGCUCAAGGUGCUCAAUCCGUACCAGGUUGAGACGGAGCAGGUUGGAGUGCGAUGGGAGCUCAAGCCUCUCAUCAACAAGAUUGAUACUCUGACUGAGCUGGUGGAGAAGCUGACCAACAAGGUGGAUGAGCAGGAUGCCAUGCUCAAAAAGAAGACCGAUUCCAAAUAG